AUGAACCCACAAAUCACCAAUUUGGUCAUCAUGCUUGCCAUGAUGCAGAUUUCAAGACGUUUGGAUAUGGAAAGUCCAACCACUGUAUUAUAUAUUAGAAUCGCCUAUGUAGUUAGUGUCAUUAUAACCUGGUCCAUCUAUCAAUUGGCUCGUAAUAAGAUCAUUGCCAAGAAAGAUAAAACUACUUUGAAAUAUGCUGUUCCAGGUAACCAAUUGACUGGGGAACCUGAAAGAUUAGAAGUCACCACUGUUUUUGACUACGAUUUGAAAGAAGUCGACUCUGCUAUUAAAUCCAUCUACAGUUCUGUUGCUAUGAUGGGGUUCAUGCAUUUGUAUAUGAAAUACACAAAUCCUUUAUUCAUGCAAUUGAUUUCUCCAAUCAAAGGUGCUUUGGAAUCCAAUGAAGUCAAAAUCCAUCUAUUUAACAAACCUGCUGUUGGUGAUUUGAAAAGACCUUUCAAGGCAGCUUCCAUGUUUGGUUCUUUUGGUCAAUCCGGUAAUCCAGGCGCUGAUGCUUCCAAAUCAGACAAGAAGUCUGUUGAGCAAUUGGAAGUCGCUGGUACUGGUGGUAUUAAGAGCGAUUAG